AUGUUGGAGCAAUUGCCACACGAUCUUCAGAUUGAAAUCCUUGUAAGACUCCCCGUGAAAUCCCUUUUAACAUUCCAAUGUGUUUCCAAAUCGUUCAAGUCUUUAAUCAGAAGCACUGCUUUUAUUUCUACGCACUCUGAGAGCACCAUCAAUUAUGCUCACUUAGUUAAAGGGCGCUUAAAUCGGACUGGCAAUAAGGUGGAGGAGAUGGGUGUCGGAAUUGAAUUACACCAGUUCGAUGAUUCCUUCCGCGAGUUUCAAAGAAUUGAAUGCCCAUCUGACACUAAACUUGAUUAUUUUGAAGAAAUCCUUGACUGUAGAGGAUUGCUACUCAUCACCGAAGAAUUCUUAUUAAGAGGUGAUCUUUCUGAAUCCUUUAUUCUAUGGAACCCUGCAGUUAGAAUGAGUAUGACUCUCCCUACACCUUCCAUUGAUGUACGGAUGGAACCCUUACACGCCUACUUUGUUCGCGGGUUCGGUUUUGACCCUAAAAGUAAUGAUUACAAGGUGCUGAGAGUGGCGGUGUAUGAAGAUAGCAUAGAAUUUCCACCUCGGGUGGAACUGUUUAAACUCCGUACAGGCGCUUGGGAGACUGUUAGUUUCAAGGACGACUUUCACUAUUUUAUUAGCAGGAGGUGUUCGCAGACUUUCGUGAAUGGGGCUAGCCAUUGGUUUGGAUAUCAUUCAAGAUCAUCAGUGAUUGUGUCGUUUCAUAUGUCUGACGAGAAAUUCCAAGUGAUGAAGUAUCCAAAUGUUUUAACUGGCGUAAGAUGCGAUUUGAUUUCUAUUGUGGACUUUGGUGGAUUGCUCUCACUGGUACAAUAUGUUCGGAGCGGACAUGAUAAUAGUUGUUGUAUUUGGUUGAUGAAAGAAUAUGGCGUAACAGAGUCUUGGACUAAACAAUAUACUAUUGAUUUAAGGUAUUGGGGAGGGUGGAGGAGAUCAUUCUUUUUUAGGAACAAAAGAGAGCUUCUAAUUGUUACAAAUUCAGAAGAGCUGGUCUUAUAUGAUCCUGAGACCACUGCAUUCAUUGAUCUUGGAAUUAGUAGUUACUAUUUUCACGGUAUCACAACAUACAUAGAAAGUCUAGUUUUACUCGAUCAAGUAAAUGCUGUGCCAGAUUACUAG